UAAACUCUUGCAAGUUGUCCCGAUAGUUUCCUAUCGUCUAAGGUCUACAACAUUUGUCCGAAAAUGUCCUUCGGUGCGGACUGUUUUCUUGAUCGUGAUCGAGAGGGUUUCAAGGGGCAAAUCAAGCAAACAUACCAAGAUUUUAUUGUCACCGAAAUUGACUCUCAAGGGAAGCUGGUGGAACUUAUUGGAAACAAAAUUUCUUCUGAAAAUGAUGACAAAAACUGUCAGAAAAGAAAAAGAGAUAAAAAACCCAAAGAAAUGAUUGAAUAUGAGAGGAGCUUGGAACUUGAAAGUCUGGAAAAAGAAACACCAUUUUUAACCAAGAUUUCUGAGUCAUUUGACAAUUUACAAGAAUGUGCAGUGAGUGAUUUGGAAAAGUGUCUGGGAAGUGAGAAAUUUACGGAGCUCAGAGAUUUUUCAUUGGAUGUCGAGGAAAGGAAAGAAAACAACAAGAGAAUAUGUGUUUCGUCAACAAUGUUAAAAGAGGAACGAAGAGCUCUUCACAAAAAUGUCAGGUUGGCAUACCCCCAUCUUCAGACUGUAACUGUACAGAGUGAGCAAGAGGGAGACCCUCCAUCCAUUUUUGCAGUCAGUGAUAAAGUUUAUUGGGAGUUUUUUGAGUUACUAAAUGAUCGACAUCAAGUGAACAGACUGCUGUGUUUUGCUCAUUGGGAAAUGAGAACAAUAUCUUCCACUUUUGAUCUCGAUGUCAGUAAUGCAGAUAAAGAGAAGCGUACAAAGAUUCACAGACUGCUAUCAAAGCAUUUUGGCUCAUUUCUUGAAAGCAAGACAUUCAAUGACUUUGAAAAGAAGACAUCAAAUGGUGUAGGUGGAGGAAGCUACAUUCAGGUUAGAAUGCGAGUGAAGGGAAAAAAGUCACUACAGCAAAGUUAUAAACCAACAAGGUCCAGUCAGACUGAAAGUGAAUACACAGGAUUUGUUUUAUGCAAAAGAAAUAUGGAAACACUGGAAGCUGUACACCGCCUGUCCACCUGUCUGAAUAUUCAGCCUUCAGCCUUUAGUUAUGCAGGUAUCAAGGAUAAGAAAGCAGUCACCAAACAGUACAUGGUGGUCAGAGGUGUCUCACCAGAACAGAUAUGUGCUGUUCAAGAUCACUCAUCCCUAGAGGGUAUACAAUGUGGAAGCUACAGGGAGGGACUGAGUAGACCACUCAGAAUGGGCGCACUUAAGGGAAACCAUUUUCAAGUUGUGAUCAGAAAUAUUCAGAGUGACACCAGUAAUAGCCUUGUUGAGGAAAAUGUUGGUGACUUGGAAAAAGUUGUACAGGAUGCAGCAUCCUCUCUGUCUCUUCAUGGAUUUCUUAAUUACUUUGGCCCUCAAAGGUUUGGCUUGGAUGACAAAGAAGUAAAUGCGUGUGAUGUCGGGCUUGCUAUGUUACAAGGAGAUAUGGUACGAGCGGUGAAACUUCUUCUGACUCCAUCGGAAAAUAAUCCAGACAAUCCGGUGGACUCCGCUAAGAGGUAUUACUGCGAGACAGGUGACGUGCAAGGUACAUUGAGUAAGAUGCCCAGUUAUAAAGUCCGUGAAACUCUGGUACUCAAAGGACUUCAUAGACACGGGACCGACGUGGAUGGUUGUCGGAAGGCGCUACUGAACAUUCCCUAUUCCAUGCGCUUGUUGUACGUUCACAGCUAUUGCAGCCUGGUCUGGAACCAGAUGGCGACUUUGAGGAUACAGCGAUACGGGCGGACAGCGGCUGUACAAGGUGACCUCAUCGCGGAAAAGUUUGCAAAUGUAGAUGAAUUAAAAAAUUCGGCGACCGCUGACAAUUGUGAAAGUGCUAGCGCGGGAAAUUCGUGCGAAGAUGAUACCAGUGGUGUAAGAAGGGAUUGCGUGAGAUGUGUUUCUGAUCAGGAUGAAGGAAAGCAUGGCCUCAAAGAUGUAGUUUUACCGCUUCCUGGUUACAACAUUCAGUAUCCAACAAAUGAUGUGGGGAACGAGUAUAAAAAGAGGCUGGAAACGGACGGGUUGACUGCAAAAAGUUUUAGGCUGCGGAGUCUGGGUAUGAACUUGCCUGGUACUUACAGAAAGCUCGUGGUAUUCCCAUGGGAUUUGUCAUAUAGAUAUGUUGGAGAAGAGCGUACACGAACGGAAGAUAGUUACUCUGCCAGGAGUGAUCACUGUACAGCAACAGAAGACUCAAGUUGUGUUGACAGUGACAGUGACGCGAAAAGACCGCGACUUGCAUCAAGCAGUAACUGUUACGACGACAGAACUAAAGAUUUUAGACCAACAGAACUCAGUGAGGUUUGUCGAAGAUCUGAGGGCUGCUGCAGUAGUCUUGAGAUCUCGUUUAGUUUGGAACCUUCUUGUUACGCGACGUCGUGUUUAAGAGAACUCAUGAAGAAUUGAAAGAAUAGAAGAAGCGAUUUCAAAGGGGGAUUCCACAAAACUGAACCCCUGUAGGAUAUAGAAAAUUUUCUGUUACUGGUUUUGAAAGGUGGAAUUUCUAACUUAAGGCUAUUUCUUAGAUUGUUAAAGUGUUGAAAUUUUACAAUAUGUGCUUUCAUAAAGGGUGGUGAAUCGUUGUUGUAAAAAUAACAUGGCUAUGUGAAAAGAGUGUAUCGAUGAACCUCGCCUAUAAACAUUUUAAUGUCCCCCAAGAGAUUGCCUAACUUUCAUGCUUUCUGUUCACAUUUUCUGAUCUUCACUAAAACGCAGAGUUGAACAAGAUUUCCACAAGAAAAAAAAACUCUUUAGCGGAAGGAGAGGAUAUUGUGGCAUACAACAAUCUUCACCCCUUCAAACUCGAAACUGUGAGUUUGUUGCCUGUCCCUCCAUCCACGGCUUCCUUUAUUCCACUUUGUGUUAUAUUGGCUACUCACACUGAAACGCUUAAACCAUUAUUUAAAGGCAGUUAAUGAGUGAAAAUACUCAGCGAUACUACACACCAAAACGUCUAAUAAGUUAUUUAUUAUCCAGUUGCUUUUUUUUUUUUUUCUGUAAGUCUUUCUGCUCAUUUCUCAUAAGCCGGGAAAAGCAAAACGGAUAGAGAAGCGUAGCGCUCGCAGCCGACUGGCACAAAAUAACCAACCGUUCAAAUAACCUUACAAUAUCGCAGGAUAUUUGUACUCUUCUACGGUGCAGUUGGAUAAUUAAAGCCCUAUAUCCAGUAUAUAUAAUUAAAGCUUAACAAACAUUUAGGGAAGUUGCCAACGCGUUUUGAAACUUCUGAGAAAUAUUUGCGGUCGUUACUUAAGACAGAAAAAAUACAUCCACAGUCCAUGAACAUGAGGAAGCCAAAAGCAGUGUGAGAUAGAAUUAUAUACAAUACACUUGUUCAAUUAAAUUCUCUGUAUUUAGGAAAACAAUAUCAAAGUUCUUGUCCUCGUUGAUUCUCAUUUAUUUGGUUCAGAAGUAUUGUAUAAGAGGUAGAAAACAACUGCUGUAGGAUAUGAUCCAAUAGAUAACAUGCUAGUAUCACUACAAAAUCAGAAUUGGUCAGCUAUUAUAAAUCUUUUUUCGCUACA